AGAUAUCAAGGGUUAAAAAUAUCGGAAUUGAAGCAAUAUGUAAGCAACGGAAUGAACUCUGUAAUUAGUUAACUGUCCGCAAUCAUUCUAAUUGUUACUCAUGAAUUUCAGCAAAUUACCGUUUGAUUUCACCUUAGAAGUUCGAAGUAGAAAACGACAUUUCCUAUGGAGUGGCCUGAUGCGAAAUUUAAUUAUAAUACACGAAUUCCGUUGGAACGAGAUAUAAAAAGUCUGCAAUAUCAUCGAUUUAGGAAUAAAAUCGCCGUUUAAAAGUAAGAAGAGAAUAUGGACCAAUAUCUUACGACGUACAAGAAAGAUUAUCCGUCGCCUGUGACGAGAUACAAGCAUCGGAUAGUUUUGCUCAGAGAAUAUGAUUCUUGUAAAUGUCAUGACCGUCCACGGGAGGUGAAGCCCCUUGCACGAUGCGGUGACGAUUACGAUUGGAGUCGCACGGGUCCGAUGGGAAGACUUCUGGACCCGAAACUUUAUCCUGCAAAAACUGGACCGCAUCCAGAAACUGAAGCCACGAGAUUCGAUCAACCGGCCACGUACAUGAGAAAAUUGGAAGAGAAAUACCCUAAUUUGUAUGGAAUUCUACAGAGUACUCCUAUCGACGAGGUGAUUAAACGCGUUGACGAGGAUCGACUGAAGACAACGUAUCAGUUGGAUUAUUCUGAGAAAGCAGCCGCACUAAUGGAUAAACCAUUUACGGAACCUUGCGUUACCAAACGAGAAGAAGUAAAAGACAUAGAUUGUCGACCCUCUACCAAAGCUAAGCUGUUGAAAGUAACCAGUCCAGUUGAUAAAGACAAAACAGAUAAGAAGAAAGUGACUAGAGCCGAAGACGAAUUGCAGGAAACGCGACUUCUUCCAUGGCGGUCGGAAUACCAAGAUACCGUUAGCAAAUUAGGUCACUCUAUUAUGAAAUAUAAAAUUCAUCAUUCACCAAGCACAAUUACGCGCCAGCUACUUUGUAAAAAUUAA